AAGUUUAACAGCUGUUUAUCUAAAUACUAUGAUUUUUAUUCCGGAAGAAGAAGAGAUACAUAUACUUGUAAAUUUCUCCAUGGUAUUUUUUCCAAACGAAUCUAGAGGAAUAUUUGGAUUUCUGGAAUUCAAAUCAUUAACGUUUUAGUAUUUUAUAAACUAACCUUUCGGUAUGGUGGUAACUAACGAUGUAUCUCUGCCCACCGAAGAAGAACUGACCGUAACUGAAUUAAAUCUAUCAACAGCUGCUUUAAGAGCCGGAGCCUUCCAUUUGGGAAAGUCAUGUGAAAAUCCAAAUAACGAAUUUAUGCUAUGCCGUUUGGAGUUAGAUGAUCCGCGAGCAUGCAUCAUGGAAGGAAAAGUUGUUACUCGUUGCGCGUUGGAUUUCUUUCGCAAAGUAAAGAAAUCGUGUUAUGAAGAAUUCAUGCAAUAUGCAAAUUGCUUGGAUAAAAGUAGCGGCACUAUGGCUUUCAGGCAUUGCCGUAAAACGCAAGGCGUGUUUGAUAAAUGCAUGAAGGAUAAUUUGGAUAUCGAUCGUCCAGAAUAUGGAUACUUUACCAGGGCCAAGAUACAUCACACAGAGCGACCUGCUCCCCCGAAGCGUGAAAAGAAAGUCUACGAUGAUGCUACACCUGGCUUGCCAGAGGAUUAUCCUAAGCCGCAAGCAAAGUACGGAUCUCGUUUCCAUUGGUUGGAAUAAAUUGCAAUAGCAGCAAAAGUUAGUGAAUGAUAAAAAU